GCACUGAGCCUCAGCCGCCCCGGGAAGCGAGCCGGUUGCGAGGGGGCGGGGCGGAUGGCGAGGGGGCGGGGCGAGCUGCUUUUUGAGGCUGCGCACUCGCAUGGCCCCGCCCCGCAGGUCCACUUCCGGCGCCGCGGCUCUUCCGGGCGGAGACUGCUUGUGCUAGAGUCGGAGUUGUAAAGCCCCACUGACUGACAGAGCGACCCGCCGACCAUGGCGCCCGGAGUGGCCCGCGGGCCGACGCCCUACUGGAGGUUGCCCCUCGGUGGCGCCGCGCUGCUCCUGCUGCUCAUCCCGGUGGCCGCCGCGCAGGAGCCUCCCGGAGCGGCUUGUUCUCAGAACACAAACAAAACCUGUGAAGAAUGCCUGAAGAAUGUCUCCUGUCUUUGGUGCAACACUAACAAGGCUUGUCUGGACUACCCAGUUACAAGCGUCUUGCCACCUGCUUCCCUUUGUAAAUUGAGCUCUGCACGCUGGGGAGUUUGUUGGGUGAACUUUGAGGCGUUGAUCAUCACCAUGUCGGUGGUCGGGGGAACCGUCCUCCUGGGCAUUGCCAUCUGCUGCUGCUGCUGCUGCAGGAGGAAGCGGAGCCGGAAGCCGGACAGGAGUGAGGAGAAGGCCAUGCGCGAGCGGGAGGAGAGGCGGAUACGGCAGGAGGAGCGGAGGGCAGAGAUGAAGACAAGACAUGAUGAAAUCAGAAAAAAAUACGGCCUGUUUAAAGAAGAAAACCCAUAUGCUAGAUUUGAAAACAACUAAAGCGCUCCAGCACGUCAGUCCCGACGCUUCCUGUGAGGUGCACACUCCGCAGCACAGCCCAGCCGGGAGACCACUUGGCCAUCGCGGUCUCCUGACCUUGACCAGUGAACCUGCCAGCCUUCCAGGACAGGUGGCCGGAGAGCUGCCCCUGAAGGACAGUCCUCCUCUCGUCCUGCAAAUGGUGACCUUCUAUUCCCUGUUCAUCUCUGUUUCUAGAUUUAGUCACUUGAAAUAAGAAAUCUUUGGGGUUUGGGCUUUUUUAUACUCUUCUCAGUUUGUAAAAUGCUAACUGCACACGAAGCCGCCUGACGGCACCCAGCGCUGUGGCUGUCAUUCUCCUGGGGCAGCAGCAGAACCCUGCGUUCCUCUCUGUCCACUAACAAGCUUCACACGCAACACAGGGAAGUCGGUUUGACUUUUGUCGUGAGGAGAAUUGACCAGCCCUCAUCAUUCCCCGUAAAACCACGGACAGCGUCUGUGUGCGCGUCUUGAGUCUUCACACCUGUUGACUCACGUGGCUUUUGCUGAUGACACGGGGCUCCAGUACACAGUCUGAUAAGGACUUACUUCCUAACCUCAAUUGUAUUAAAUAGCAUUGGGGAAUAGGUAAACCUUUUAAAAAAAAAAAAUUACUGGAUUUUCCUCCCUACUUAAAAGAUUUCACCAGAAAACUUUCAUAUAAAAAUUCAGGCCCUUUUUGGACAAUUUUAAAAAUUUGUAUCUUUACUAGAACAUGAGAAUCUUUUUCCCUUGGAAGUUUGAAUUAUAAACGUGGUGUUUGGCCUGCCUCUGCAGCACCAGUUGACUGCUCGUGUGCCAGCGGUGUGGGGAGGACAGGGCAGGACGCUGCAGCUCUCUCCAGCCCUGUUGGCAUCCUCAGUGCCUGCAGGCCUCUCCCUGCCUGUUGGGCUGUCUGGGGGGUGGCCACUGAGGGAUCGUGGGGACGGGGUCCACCCCAAGAAGAAAGAAAGGCCCAUCCACAGGCCUGGCUCUGGGCUGUGUGCCCCGGAAGCAAGUGUGUCCAGAGCCAGCUGAGGGCUCUCCCCACACCACCCAGCAGGCGCCGGUGCUCCUCUGCCUCACGGGACCAGUCCAGCUUCCAGCCGCUCUGGCUCGAGAGUGAUCUGAGCACUUCCUUCUGUGAGUGGGCUUCUCUGGGAGCUCUCCAGUGGCACUGCUGGACCUGCCCCACGUUUCUGUAAAAUCAGGAUACGUGGCUUUAAUAAGCAGACCAAGCGCUUCGUGGCAGGGAAAGCGGCGUGCGGGGAAGUCACUGAAAAGUGCUGCCUAAGGAAGUUUGAAAAUAGUCCCCAUUCCAGAUUGCCUUGAAUUUUAAAACAUUUUGCUUUGGGAAAGUAGGUCAGCAGCACCUAAGAUCAAUGAUGCAUUCCAUUUUCACACUUGACAGUCAUGAAAACUGAGAAGACUGUCUUCAGCGUGAACGAAAGUGCACAGGCAGAUCACUGAUCCAGAACACUUUAAGAACUCAUCAAACAGCUUGAUAAGCCUUUUUGACUGUGUACAUCUGUACCGGGAAUAACAUUCCUAGGCUGAAAUUUUCACCAAGAAUAGAACCUGUACCCAGUUCUUCAGGCUGAUUUCCCUGACUUCUUGGGCAUUUGUAUUUGUAGUAAAGUAUUGCAGAGAUUCCUAAGUAUUUUAUAGCAGCCAUCAGAAUUGGACUUUGUAUUGUUUAGUCAUAAAAGAACCUUUGUAAUAGACUUUGGCGAACUUUGUAGGAAUACAGUAGUGAGUGUGCAAAACCAGUUUCCUGAACGUAGGUUGCUGAGCUGAAGGUAGAGCUUGGUCGUUAAAUACAGUGUAGUUAAUCCUUGCGUUCAGCGUAGAAACCCACGUCUGUAAGAUUGCUCUUAGUCCAUCUGCUUUUUUCUGAAAUACACUUAAGAGCAGCCACAAAACUGUAACCUCAAGGAAACCAUAAAGCUUGGAGUGCCUUAAUUUUUAACCAGUUUCCAAUAAAACGGUUUAAUACCUGCAUUUAUUUA